CGCGGGAAAGCCGUCAGCUGUCAUCACAAAUUUUGCAAGCAAGGAAAGCCAACAAAUUGCGAUAAAUAAACGGAUAAAUUUAGCCUGAAAAGUGCACAAAACUGAGCCAAAAUAUAACCCAAACCAUCGGCCAGCACUGCGUCACAAGAAACCAGUGUUUGUCGAGUAUUUUGCAAGGCAAUUUCAUCAGGGCAGGCGACACCUGCACAGAACCUGCUAAAAAAAAAAGCGCGCCGUCGUAGGCGUCUGGUAAAACUCGGUGCACAUUUUCCGAAUCGAAUCCAAGCCCGUCCGCCAGGUACAGUCACCAUGGCCAAGGUGCACAUCACCAAUGUGGUGGUGCUGGACAAUCCGAGCAGCUUCUUCAAUCCCUUCCAGUUCGAGCUGACAUUCGAGUGCAUCGAGGAGCUGAAGGAGGAUCUGGAGUGGAAGAUGAUCUAUGUGGGCUCGGCGGAGUCCGAGGAGCACGACCAGGUGCUGGACACCAUAUAUGUGGGCCCGGUGCCCGAGGGCCGUCACAUUUUCGUUUUCCAGGCCGAUCCGCCGGAUGUCAGCAAGAUCCCCGAACAGGAUGCAGUGGGGGUCACCAUUGUGCUGCUCACCUGCUCGUAUCGCGGCCAGGAGUUCGUCCGCGUCGGCUACUAUGUGAACAACGACUAUGCGGAUCCGGAGAUGCGCGAGAAUCCGCCACCGAAACCGCUGUUCGACAAGCUGACCCGCAACAUCCUGGCCAGCAAGCCGCGAGUCACCCGCUUCAAGAUCAACUGGGACUACGGCCACAUCAAUGGCAACGGCAAUGGUAAUGGCGUGGAGAACGGCCACAACGAGGACGACGAGAUGGUCACCGAUGGACCGCCGUCCACAUCCGACACGGCGGCCUCUGUGGUCGUCCAGCCGGAGGACGACAACAGCCUGGCCAUGCCCAUCGAGAACGGGAUCAAGGCCCUCAACGAGAACUCCAACUCCCUGGCCAUGGAAUGUUGAGAGCUGUCGGCGCACUCCAAACUAUAUGACCGCACACAAAUACACACAUACACACUCAGCCCCUUACACACACACAACACACGCCGCUAUGGUCGACGACUUGAGGGAAUCCCCGAUUCGGACACUCGUAGUACUCCUCGUCCCUCUAUUUAAGUAACUAUUAAUUAAAGCAAAAGGUUAAAUAUAUAUGUAUACAUUAAAUUAA